GGGUGGGGAGUGGGAGGGACCAAUUCCAGUCUGAAGGAAAAAAAGCCAUUUUGGUCCCCCCCUCUCCCGCUCCCCAUCCCCAGUCCCUCCCCUCCCCCUUUUUCGUCCCCUCCCCUCCCCUCUCCUCUCUCCCUCCCAUCCACCCACCCCAAGCCGCUUUCACAAACUCCUUUCUUACGCCAGGUUUCUCCCCUCCCGCCUCCGGAGCAGGAGACUCAGCUGGGGCCCUCUUUCUCCCCCUCCCCUCUUUCCCACCCACCCCCCUUUUCCCCAAGACCCAUCGGACCCGGGACCCAGGACGGUGCUCCCACUCUGUUAGCCUGGCAUCAUGCACAGAACAACUCGGAUCAAGAUCACGGAGCUCAACCCCCAUCUCAUGUGUGCCCUCUGUGGGGGAUACUUCAUUGAUGCCACCACCAUUGUAGAAUGUCUGCAUUCCUUCUGCAAAACCUGCAUUGUCCGAUACUUGGAAACCAACAAAUACUGUCCCAUGUGCGACGUACAAGUCCAUAAAACACGUCCGCUGCUGAGCAUCAGGUCGGACAAAACCCUUCAAGAUAUCGUAUAUAAACUAGUCCCCGGACUUUUUAAAGAUGAGAUGAAACGUCGCCGAGAUUUUUACGCCGCCUACCCCCUCACUGAAGUUCCCAACGGCUCCAACGAAGAUCGGGGUGAGGUCCUAGAACAGGAGAAGGGGGCUCUGAGUGAUGAUGAAAUCGUCAGCCUCUCCAUUGAAUUUUACGAGGGUGUCAGGGACAGGGAAGAGAAGAAGGGCGCCCUGGAGAAUGGGGACGGGGACAAAGAGAAAACAGGGGUACGGUUCCUUCGAUGCCCAGCAGCCAUGACAGUCAUGCACUUGGCCAAGUUUCUCCGGAAUAAGAUGGAUGUGCCCAGCAAGUAUAAAGUGGAGGUGCUGUAUGAAGACGAGCCUUUGAAGGAGUACUACACACUCAUGGAUAUCGCUUACAUUUACCCCUGGAGACGGAACGGCCCUCUCCCCCUCAAGUACCGAGUCCAGCCAACCUGCAAGCGGCUCCCGCUGCCUUCUGCGCCAGCCCCUUCAGAAGGCACCAACACCAGUGGGGCGUCCGAGUGCGAGUCUGUCAGCGACAAGGCCCCCAGCCCCGCCACCUUGCCCGCCACCUCCUCCUCCCUUCCCAGCCCAGCCACUCCUUCCCACGGCUCCCCCAGUUCCCACGGGCCCACAGCCACCCACCCAGCCUCUCCCAGUCCCUCCUCUGCACCAGGGGGCACCACCACCACCACCACCACCACCAAUGGCGGCACCUCGAACUGCCUGCAGACGCCACCAUCUACCAGCAGGGGGCGCAAGAUGACUGUCAAUGGUACCCCGGUGCCCCCCUUGACCUGAGGCCCGGGCCUCUGGGCCCUGUUUGGGCAGCCUCGCCUCUCCACCCUUCCCUUUUUCUUGAUUUCUCCUCUGCCCUCCUGGACCCAAGUGCUCUCUACCUCACCCUCGGGGGUAGAGGGGCAGGGGUUGGGUUUUAUAAAUAAAUCUAUCUAUAUCUAUAUAUAUAUAUAUGUACAUAGGAAAAGCCAAAUAUACAUACUUAUUUUCUAUGGACCAGCCAGAUUAAUUUAAAAGCUGCAGGAAACAGAGACCUUACAUGUAUGUGUGUGCAGGAGCGGGUGCAGAUCUGUGUGUUUGGGUUUUCUUCAUUCAUUUUUAAGGGAACUGCAUGACCUACUCGGGCUCCUUCCCCUUUUCCGUGGAACACUGGCGGUGGAAAGGGGAAGAGAAUGAGGGUCUUUGGGGUUGACUCUGCCCCGGCUUCCUGCUCUCCCCUGUCCAUAAGGAAUGGGCAGAGGGGCCGAUCUGGUCCCCUCCUCUAGGAUCUUGGAGUUCUAGGUAGACCCUGGCCCUGAGAGGAGAGCCCCCCUCCUGGGGAGUGGGAGCUGCCUGUGGUCUGAGGCAGCCUCUAGGGAUGGGGUGAGGCUGGGGAGGGGAGGAAGGUGGGGAGAGCUCAUCCGUCCUUGGCUCCCGCCCACCCCCUUGUGCAUAAUGUUGGGAGCAUUUCUCAGACAGUGCCUUUUGCAAAUGCGGUUGUCCUUCGGUUCUGAGGGGGGAGGCUUGGAGAAGUGGGGGCCAGUCAUGUCCGACCUCUCCCCUUCCUCCCCUCUCCCAGCCUUGUAGCUUCUGUGCAUAGAUUAGAUUAUUUUUCCUUUUGUUUGGGCCCUUUUUUGGCAUUAAUCUUGCAAAGGAAAGAAUUAGGGGAGAGCAGGGGUAGGAAAAGAGACAUUGGAAGCUCCUGAAUCCACCUGGAAGUUUUGCCAGUGUGGACACGCUUCCCCUUCCCCCACUCCCCAUUCCCCUUUUGCAGGAAGGGGGGGGUUAACUGAGGCUGCAAGUAAAGUCCACGUUUGGGACUUUGUGGGAAGAGGGCACUUGAACCUCACACAAGCACACUGACCCCAGACAUGGGAAAGGGUCCUGGGAGGGUCAGCAGCCCCCCUCCCCCCAGGGGCCCGGAGUUCAGGACAGAUGUAAAGGGGGAUCUCAAAGCACAAGACAAAGGCAGGAUUCCCAGAGUCCCUCUUUCCCCAGGGCUGUUCCCUGCAGAUUGAGCAGAUUCCUUGGGUGGGGUGGGGUGGGAGCAGCCCCAUCCAGAGGCUGGAUUACUAGUUACAGGGCUUUGCUUCUCCCCGAGCAUCCCCAGCUUGGCCCUGUUACUCCUGUAGUGUAAAUAGUGAGAAGAUGGGAUGGGGUAAGGAGGCAGGGCAGGGAUCCCUGAUUCUCCUGUAGGGGUACAAUCAACCAAAUGGCUUUGUCAGUGUGCAUCCUGUCCUUGUUGCGGGUCCUGUGAUCUGUGUGUUCCCUCCCUCCCUCCCUUCCCGACCCUGCCUUGGCAUUUGUAUGACUAAUCAGCUUUGUAAUAAAUGCUGCAGAUUCUC